UGAGCCAGAAGGCUUGGCUGUGACAGCCCAUCUUUGGGAACUGGCCCUUGUUAUGGGAAAAUGGUCUGUGGCUGAGACAAAGCUGCUGAGACAAAGCCACAGAAACAUCCAGCUUCCCAAAGAGAGAGAACGGAAAGAUCCUUCAAUCCUCUGCUCCCAGGUGUACGUUUGAAAACCUUGCAUAGCAAGUCGUUUUUACCUAAGCUGCGUUUUGAAGACUCUUUCAAACAGAAUCCUGAGCGACGACGUGAAGCCUCUUUCCUUAAUGCGGAAGAACGAUGCGGCGGAUAGUACUGAUGCUUGCCUUUGUCCUAUCGCCCUGUUUCACUUCGUGCGAGGGUGCGUCUUGGCGCAGCAAAGAGGCAGCAGGCCUAAUACACCAGCAGUACGCCAGCCAUGGGGCUUCUGAAGUGCUCUUGCGUUGCCCUGUCCCUGAGGGCAGUUCCACGGUGGAAUGGAAAGUGAACGGCACGUCGCGGGGCAUUUUGGCGGCGGCGAGAGAUGAGGGAAGCCUUGCUUUGCAGAACGCCAGCCUGCUUCAGGAAGGAGAAUAUAGUUGCUAUGAACUCCUCACUGGGAAGUUGCUGCGGAGAAUUCAGCUGAAGCUGGGCUACCCACCUGGGAAGCCUUCAGUCUGGUGCCGCUCUACCACCUAUGCAGCCAUCAAUUGCACCUGGAGAUUGAAGACCAAGACACACCUGGUCACUUCUUUCUUCUCCACCUACAGGCUUGGUCUGAGUGGAGAGGUUCAGGAAUGCAUCCAACCUACCACCGGGGCUAGCAGCUGUUCCAUUGACAACGUGCAGAUGUUCCCUGUCAAUCCCUACAUCCUGAACAUAACAGCGUCGAAUCCUCUGGGGACAGUGACCAGCCUCUUCUCCUUUUUCCAGAACGAGAUCCUCAAGCCUGACCCCCCAGAAGACGUGAAGGUCUCCCCGAUCCCUGGCGAGAGGAAGAAGCUGCUCUUGGAGUGGAAACCUCCCAGUUCCUGGCAAUUCCCAGAAUAUUUUCCCCUCAAGUACUUGAUCCGUUACUCGAGGGACGGGACUGAUAGCAGCAAAACGACCAGACCCUUGGAGCAAACAUCUUUUGUCUGGACUGGGGUCCGUCCUGGAGUAACGUACCACGUCCAAGUGGCCGCAAAGGACUUUCUCGAUAAUGGCAAAUAUAGUGACUGGAGUUCUAAAGCAUCUGGGGCAGCCUGGAUGCCGGAGUGAUGGGCUUUGAGAGCAUCUCGAAGACUGAUGGCGAUGGGGCUUUAAUAUCUGCCCCACCCCUGUUUCCCAGUUAUGGCCAAGGGCUCUUCGUCUUCUGUGACUCUGUUUGUGUGGAGUUCACACACAGAGCUGUGAGCUGUGAAAAUCUAAGUCUGCGUUUACACACCAUACUGUUAAAGCACAUUCAGAGCAUAUUUCCUUCCAAACAAUCCUGGGAACUGUAGUUUUGUGAAGGGUGCUGGGAGUGGUAGCUCUGUAGGAUUUUGGUGUGUGUGUGUGUGCAUGCUUUGAACGUGCUUUAAAGGUGUGGUGUGUAGCCCUGUUUCCAAGGGGAAAUUUCAGCUUCUUCUCAUUCUCCCUUCCUUUUUGUUUUUGUUUUCAUUUAAAUCAUGUUUCUAUACCCUGUGGUGGCCUGGAUAGGUUUUCUUUAUGCAUCAGUAGUGUCUGUGAAACUUUUUUUUCCAAUUUUCAGCCAGCUGAUAUCCCAUUACCGAAUGCGGAACUGCAAAAUGACAUCAUACAUUAUAGGAUAACAGAGCAAGUUGUGUGAUAUCUGCCUUGAAAAGAGGAAAUAAAUAAAUAAAAUUACUACAA